GUAUCCCUUCUAGCUACAACCCCACUUGACCAGGAAGUGACGGGGAGUGACUUUUCCUCUGUGAGUGAGUGAGAAAACUUCUUGAGCGUCAGGUCAGCGACGCCCGUCUUCAUCGCGGUCAUCGUGAACUGUCAAUAUUUACCUCAGAAACUUCAUUUAACAGCGCGCCCGGUCAUUUACAGCAGCUGUCAGUCAUACAGUUCUGCACAGUUGCCGAGCAGUGCGGUCAACAGGAUGAGUUCUGACGGAGGCGGUGGAAAGCCGGUGAAGGUGGGCUCUCUGGUGGAGGUCAUUGGUAAGGGGCAGCGUGGCACUGUGGCGUAUAUCGGCGCCACCCUGUUCGCCUCAGGCAAAUGGGUGGGUGUCAUUCUGGACGAGCCUAAGGGGAAAAACGACGGGACGGUGCAGGGAAAACGUUACUUCACAUGUGAGGAGAAUCGUGGGAUAUUUGUCAGACAGUCCCAGAUUCAGCUCAUCGAUGAUGGAGGCAGUUCAGCUACUUCUCCAGAAACACCUGACUCAGGUGUGUCCAAACUGCCCAAGAAAGAGAUCCAGGAGACGGCUAAGGCCAUUAAGCAGACUCCAACAGCUAAAAAGCCUGCUACACGCCGUAGUACCAAGUGGAACACUCCCAGUCGUCUGUCCAGCUCCAGUUCCCUCCCCUCUCUCAUUAUGACCGGCCGUCCAUCUGUUGGUUCUGGGUUUGCGGAAUCGGCUCUGGUGGAAACUGAAUCCACUGCACUGGGAUCUGCUGUUAUACCACAGGCCAGCGGCAGCUCCAGUGCUCCACAAACAACAACAACCCAGAGCAAAGAAGAAGAGUCUCUUCGAGCUCAGGUGAAGGAUCUGGAAGAGAAGUUGGAGACUCUGCGGAUGAAGCGUUCAGAGGAUAAAGUCAAGCUGAAGGAGAUGGAGAAACACAAGAUCCAGAUGGAGCAGCUACAGGAGUGGAAGAUCAAGAUGCAGGAGCAACAAAAUGACUUACAGAAGCAGCUUAAGGAGGCUAAAAAGGAGGCCCGUGAGGCUCUGGAGGCUAAAGAUCGAUACAUGGAGGAGAUGGCAGAUACCGCCGACGCCAUCGAGAUGGCCACACUCGACAAAGAAAUGGCUGAGGAGAGAGCGGAGUCGCUCCAACAGGAGGUGGAGAGUCUGAAGGAGAAGGUGGAGGAGCUGACUAUGGACCUGGAGAUCCUGAAGCACGAGAUCGAGGAGAAGGGAUCGGACGGAGCCGCGUCCAGUUAUCAACUUAAACAGCUGGAGGAGCAGAACAGUCGUCUGAAAGAAGCUCUGGUCAGAAUGAGGGAUUUGUCCUCGUCUGAGAAACAGGAGCACAUAAAGCUUCAGAAACAGAUGGAGAAGAAGAAUUCAGAGCUGGAGACACUGAGAGCACAGAAAGAGAAACUACAGGAGGAGAUGAAGCAGGCAGAAGCCACCAUAGAUGAACUCAAAGAGCAGGUGGACGCUGCUCUGGGAGCUGAGGAGAUGGUAGAGACGCUGACAGAGAGAAAUCUGGACCUGGAGGAGAAAGUGAGAGAGCUGAGAGAGACUGUCAGUGAUCUGGAAGCUAUAAAUGAGAUGAACGACGAGCUGCAGGAGAACUCGCGCGAGACAGAGUUGGAACUGCGUGAACAGCUGGACCUGGCAGGGGCGCGAGUCCGAGAAGCCCAAAAAAGAGUCGAGGCGGCCCAAGAGACGGUCGCUGACUAUCAGCAAACCAUCACCAAAUACAGAGAGCUCACCACUCAACUUCAGGAAGUGAAUCGAGAGUUGACCAAUCAGCAGAGCAGCACUAUAGAAGAGCAGCAGCCCGUGGCCGAGCUCUUUGACUUUAAAAUCAAAUUUGCUGAGACCAAAGCUUAUGCGAAGGCCAUCGAGAUGGAGCUCCGUAAGAUGGAGGUGACUCAAGCCAACCGGCAAGUGGCUCUGCUGACAUCAUUCAUGCCCGAGUCGUUCCUGAGACAUGGAGGAGAUCAUGACUGCAUCCUUGUGUUGCUUCUGAUACCCAGACUCAUAUGCAAGGCUGAGCUGAUCAGUAAACAGGUUCAAGAGAAGUUUGAUCUAAACGGUUCUUCAGGAGAACGCGCCGGACUCCGCGGGCCGGCCGGAGAACAGCUGAGUUUUGCGUCUGGUCUGGUUUAUUCUCUAAACCUGCUGCAGGCCACGCUGCACAAAUACCAGCUAGCUUUGAGUCAGUGUAAUGUGGAGGUGUACAAGCGGAUGGGGACGCUGUACUCAGAGAUGAGCGUUCAUGAGCGUUCGCUAGACUUCCUCAUAGAUCUGCUUCAUAAAGAUCAACUCGAUGAGACCGUUCAAGUGGAGACGCUCACUAAAGCCAUUAAAUACUACCAGCAACUCUACACUGUUCAUCUCUCUGAACAACCUGAAGACUGCACAAUACAACUGUCUGAUCACAUCAAGUUCACCCAGAGUGCUCUCGAAUGUAUGGGAGCGGAGGUCGGGCGUCUGCGGGCGUUUCUGCAGGCAGGACAGGAAGGGGCGGAGCUUUCUGUGCUGUUGAAGGACCUGGACACUUCCUGUGGAGACAUUCGACAAUUCUGCAAGAAGAUCCGCAGGAGGAUGCCAGGAACCGAUGCACCCGGUAUACCUGCAGCUCUCGUCUUCUCCGAUCAGGUGAGUGAGACGCUGAUGGACUGUAGGAAGCAGCUGACGCGUGUGGUUGCGGUUCUGCAGGAAGUUGCGGCCGCUUGUGCUCAGAUGAUCGCACCUUUGGCAGAACCUGAGGGACUGAACGCACUUAAGGUCGAAGAUGUGACGUUUAAAGUGGUGGAGCAGGUGUAUGGGUCUCAUGGUCUGAAUCCAUACGAGUGUCUCCGUCAGUCCUGUACUUCUGUCAUAACAACCAUGAAUAAGAUGGCAACAGCAAUGCAGGAGGGAGAAUAUGAUACAGAAAAACCUCAGCGAGCGUGCCCUCCAGUGGAAAUCCGUGCAGCUGCAGUGAGAGCUGAGAUGACGGAUGCUGAGGGUUUGGGAAAUAAACUGGAGGAUCGUGAAACUGUCAUCAAAGAACUGAAAAAAUCCCUUAAAAUCAAGGGAGAAGAGCUCAGUGAAGCCAACGUUCGUCUGAGUUUGUUGGAGAAAAAGCUGGACACAUCAACUAAAGACGCAGAUGAACGCGUGGAGAAGAUCCAGACCAAACUAGACGAUGCUCUCUCUCUGCUUAAAAAGAAGGAGAAAGAGUUCGAGGAAACGAUGGAUGCUCUGCAGGCAGAUAUAGAUCAGCUAGAAUCUGAGAAGGCGGAGCUAAAACAAAGGAUCAACAACCAAUCACGGGCCACAGAGGGUUUGCGUGGACCACAAGCUUCUGGCAUCGCCUCUAUCGUCACAGCAACAGGAACAGGAGGAACAUCUGGAGCUCUGUCUGCAGGUUCAGUUCAGGUGGUGGAUUCUCCUCUUCUCAAACAACAGAUCGACGUCCAACGACUCGCUAUUAAACAUCUGAAGAGUGAAAACUACAGACUCAAGGCUGAGAAGAUGCGCGAGCAGCUGGCGUCUCUGCCGCCCCUGAAAGUGGCUCGUAUGACGGGGAUGAAGGAGGGAGUCGUACCUGACGGCCUUUCGGGAUCAUUGUACCGUAAGACGGAUCUUCUCCUGAACAACCUGCUGAAGAUGAGUGCUGGAGUCAAAGUGGUGGACAUCACCGGCAAAACACCAGCGAGUGCGAGUGCUCAGUUAUUGGAGCAGGCGGCCAGAUUAAAUUCUCUGAAUGAGACUCUGGAUAAAGUGAGGGCUGAAGUGUCGCAGCACGUCGUCUCUCAGCAGCCUGGCGCUCGCGUGCCGUCUGAUUUCGCCUCGUUCCCGGCCGCUUCUUUCCUCAAGGCCAAAGACGAGCAGAGGAGCGGCGGCUCGGUGCUGGUCGGGAGAGUGGCGAUUCCCUGUUCCCGCGGCAACGAGCAGAGACACUGCCUCGUCCUAUCACAGCAGCAGCUGCAGCACGUGCACCGCCUCCUUAUGACGUAAACGUUUGCCUGUCAGAGAGCCACGGCGACCUCGUCCAAUCAGAUGCUCACUUUCACAAUUCUACAGUUUCACUCAGGAAACGGAUCAGAUUCUAUACUGCCAAAGACAACGUGUUUAGUUCAGAGCUGCUUGUCUUUUCAUAAUCCAUGACAUUAUUUACUCACCCUCUCGUCUUUAUUAACCCGAGUUACGUUUUUGUUUUGUCAGAGAGAAUUGAAAGAUUUCCUGCUCAUUCUCAUCUGUCAUUGGACAGGAGUCAAUAUGAUCAGAUUUCUCACAGUAAAACCUCACAAGUGUUUAGAGGAUUAAGAGUAUGAAUAAGAUAUCCAGCGUACAGGGUUUGGAUAAAGUGAGGGGGUGAACAAUAACCAAAACAUCGUUUAAGAUAAACUCUUCCUUUAAAAUGAUCACAGCGCAGGAAGCCUGAGGAGAAAUUCAGCACUUAGUAAAACCUGAACAAACGCAGCGUAACGCUUAAAAUACUUCUACACAUAUUACUGCUCUUGUGUUUAGUUUGACACUAAUCAUAUAAAAAUCUUUUGUUCUUGAGGCAGCAACAUUUCUUCAUUCUUAUGCAAUUUCCUAAAAAUAAACAUUCGAUUCGGUGAAGGAGCUCAACUUUAAGAUGGUUUUGGCUUUCACGCAAGUUAAAUGUGCUUGCUUUAGGGAAAUAUUUAAAGUUUAGCUGUUAAGAUUUAAAUAAUCAUCUUCAUCAAUAAUUCAUUUACUGUAUUAGAAUCAAAACCCAUCCAUAAUACCACCAAGACAUCCUUAACUAUUAACAACAUGACUUAAAGUUUAUUUAUGAACGCUGCAAAAAAUGACUUUCUUACUUUAAUUUGUCUUGUUUUCAGUACAAAUAUUUUAAAAUUCUAAAAUCAAGAUGCAUUUUCCUGAUGAGCAAAAUGACCUAAGAAAAUAAGUCUAGUUUUUAGGGAAAAAAAAUACAAUUUAAGUGAAUUUGUGCAUAAAACAAGCAAACAAAUCUGCUAAUAAAAUCUUGAACUUUUUCCUUAUACACUUAAUUCAGGAAAAAAAUUCUUACUCCAUAAGCAGAUAUAUUUUGUCUAAACUAGACUUUUUUCUUAGGUAGUUUUGCUCAUUAGAAAAAUGCAACUUGUUUUUCAAUAUUUGUACUGAAAACAAGACAAAAAUACAAAGUAAGAAAGUCAUUUUUUUUGCAGUGGACUUAAACAUUUAUUGAGGCUGUUUGUUUCAGAUUUUCAUGACACGUUAUGUCAGAUUACAGCACAAAUAAACUGUUUUCAGUCAGUAUUUAACACUUUUUUCUUUCUUUAGUGCUUUGUGAUAUUCACUGUUUAUCACUCUUAGAUGAUCUGUGUUUGACUGAUGUGGAUCAUAAGGAGUUCAUUAUUUAAGAAGUUUCUGAAUGAUGAAAGCAAUAAAGAUGGAGACAAUGAA